CAAGUGGCUGUAAUUAUCGUCUACUGAUUGGUCACCUUCGUCGCGGGUGUCCAAGAUGGUUGGCGACGAUGUCGGUGGGGAUAAGAAGAGAAUCAAACAGCACUAGAACGUGAUCAAAACGUGGUGUAGGAGGAGGCGGUUUUCGAUUCGCUUGGUGUUGGUGGCUUCUGAUAUCAUGACAAGGAGGGGAUUGUGCGGCUAAAGAUAAAAAAAAAGGAGGGGGCACACAUUGGUCUUUUGGAGAAGGGGCUGUUUACUUGCUAUUCACUGUGUCAGCUUGACAGACAUAACCACAAGCACAAACUAUAUGCGUUCGAAAAAGCAAAAAGCGACAAGACAACCACUAGUUUGCAUUUGACUUUCAUCGAUGUACGAUCGUGUUUAAUUAUCAUUAGUAACUGUGCGUCACUUUUUUGAGAUAUACUUGUCAACAAGUUCAUAUACACAUAUAUUUAUAUUAACAAGUUUAUAUGUAUGCUCGAAUAAGAGGCAUUAAUGUUACAUAAUUUGCUUAAAAUCAUGAUUCAAAAAUCGUAAUGGACCAACUGUCUUGGAACUUUGAUGACGAGGUUAAGGAAGAGGAAGAAGAAGAAGAGGGACGCUUGGCAUUGACUAGAAAACGCCGAAUGUGUAAUGAAGUGAACUUGUGUCACAAAAAGCAUUCAUUGUUUUGUGUGUGUUCCGUGUCUAUCAGUGAUAAUAGUCACUACGGUAAUAGUUAUUGUAAUCUUUUUAUAAAACGAUAAAGUGCAUUUAUGUUCAUAUAUUAGUGAAAAGCAAUCGGGAGAAGAAUAGCGAAACGCUUCUUGAAUGGCCCCUGAUUUUGAAAAGAGGAGGGAAACGAGGAGGACAAAGGGCUCUGAUUCUGAAAUUCCUCUUCUUAACGGUGCUGAAGGGAUGCUUUUUCUAAGGUGCAAGGGAAGCUCCUUGACGGAUUUUUAUCGUCACGGAAAUAACGCAGGUGGCGUAUCGUCUACGGUGACGGGAACAAUAACAAGAAGUUCAGUGACUUCGAAUAAUCGAACUCACUCUAGUCGAAGGACAAGUCAUCAGCGUCAUCAACAUACUCAACAACAGCAGCAACAAUCGUCUGUUCCGUUGACAUCAUUCAACGGCCUUAUCACCAGAAAUUCGGAUGAUCUGGCCAUUAGGACUAAUUCAACACAGGACAUUUGUGACAAUUCAAAUGAUUCUGGCCUCGGAUUCGAGGAACGACAGCAAUUGCUGAAUAAAGUUUCUCAGGUUUGGAACGGUGUCGGUGAAGAGGAUUCAAAGAGGAGGAAAAUGGACAUUAAACUCGAGUCAGAGGACGCGAAUUUUGCCUUUCCUGAAGUUGCACCGGGUUCAGCGCAGGAGACAAAAAUUUCAGCGACGAGAAACGGUAUAAAUGGCAUUGGCAAUGCAAUCACACGUACGGGAAAUGGCGCAGCCGGGACCAUUGGCAGAAUUGUUGGAAUCACAAGACCACGUCCGGCAAUUGGUGUCCUUACAAAAAGGCCACCCAUCAAUCACCAAGGUCCUGUCACCCUCACUUCUCAGCUUUGCAGUAUAUCUAGAGAUGGAAAGACACAAUUGCAAAUAAUUUGUCAGCCGGAGCAACAGCACAGAGCACGUUAUCAAACUGAGGGCUCACGUGGAGCAGUGAAGGAUCGUACUGGAAAUGGAUUUCCAAUUGUUCGCUUGGUGGGUUAUGAAAAGCCGGCGACACUUCAAGUUUUCAUUGGUACUGAUCUUGGACGCGUUGCGCCACAUAUGUUUUAUCAAGCAUGUCGCGUGAGUGGGAAAAAUUCAACACCAUGUGUUGAACGUAAACUUGAUGGAACAAUAGUGAUUGAAGUGGACAUGGAUCCCGCUAAAGAUAUGAUUGUUACUUGUGAUUGUGUUGGUAUUCUUAAAGAGAGAAAUGUCGAUGUUGAACACAGGUUUCCCCAGGAAGCUGGCGUUUUACAAGGUCGUAGCAAGAAGAAAUCAACACGUUGUCGUAUGGUCUUCCGUACAACAAUCACUCAUCCCGAUGGUUCCUCAGAAACAUUACAAGUCUGUUCACAGCCAAUUGUCUGCACACAACCGCCAGGUAUUCCUGAAAUCUGCAAGAAAUCUCUGACGUCAUGCCCAGCGACCGGCGGCCUAGAAUUAUUCAUUCUUGGUAAAAAUUUUCUGAAAGAUACACGCGUUGUCUUUCAAUUGGACAGCGAUGAUCCUUCUACUAGUUUGGAACCGCACUGGGAAUGUGCUGUUCUUCCGGACAAGGAAUUCCUCCAGCAGACACAUUUGGUUUGCGUUGUUCCUGCCUACAGGCGUCAAGAUCUUUCGCCCACAGAGACAAUUAGUGUGAGACUCUAUGCCGUGUCUUCCGGGAAAACAAGCGAACCGCACAAUUUCCUCUACACAUCAUGUUCAACUCCUCCCGAGCCUUCAGUGGGUAAAGUGGAAAUAUCAAAUUCGCCACUAAUCCAAGGCAACGACAAUGGCUUAUCGAGUUCAUCGACUGUCUCAAGUGUCCCCACAAACACUCUAAUGACCCAAGCUGCCGCCGGAGCUUCUGGUUUUUUAACCCAACAACAGCAGCAGCAACAACAAACGUCGCAACAAGCGCAAACGGAAAUUCUUAAAAAUAAUCCCAGUUCACCGCCUGCACAGUCUCAAGUCACGCCCGUUAUGAUGUGGACAUCUCAGGGAACAAAUUGUCAGAAUUCGGCUGUUGAUGUGAUGAUGCCACCGCCUCUCGUUGCCAAUCAGUUAAUGAACAGACGGUCAUCCUCAAAUCUACAGCUAAUCCUGCCCGACAACCUUAAGACGGAGAUACUCGACGAGAACAGCAACAGUGGAAUGCUGAGCGAUAAUAGUAUAAACAGUGUCAAUGUCUCGACACCAACACACAAUGGAACUGGAACAAGUCCCUUGCAACAAAUUGUCAAUGAGAAUUCACGGGACGCUUCCCAGUCCAGUCUCAUUAGAAACGUUCAGAAUGACUCCCCAGUGCAGGACGCUCUGUUGGGAGUUGUCGAUCUCAUUAGAAAUCAGCAUUCUCUUUCUCUUCCGCCCCAGCAUCCGUCAUCGUUCACCGGAAUACAUGAGUCUUCUCAGGUAAAAGUGCUUAGUCCACAUCACAUGAAACAGGAUUCGAGUCCAAUUCUCCAGAAUGAGGCGAAUUCGAAUGGAAAUAUUCAAGGUGCGGGUGUUGUUGAUCUGCGAAUGAAACAUCAUCAGUCGGAGUACGAAGCUCUGAGUAAUUACACACCCGCCGGUCAACCAUUGCCCACACAGAGUGGACACAGUGUGGAGAAUUAUUUGAACCAGUUGGAAGCAGCUCGACCACUGGUGCCGUCGCCGAAGGAGCAGGAGUCACAGGAUACGAGUUUCGUUGGCACGAUACAGCAGCGAGCUUCGAUAAUUGCCACUGGUCGUCAACAAAUGCAACAGCAGACGUCGAAGGACUCGCUCGUUACUGCCAAUGGAGAUACGCAUCAAAUCGUUUCGCCUCUUAGGUCCGUUAAUACCAGUCCUCUCACCAUAAUGGGUCACGUUCCUCCGGUCGUCGAUCAUGGCGAGGCGCUGUCAAGUCCACAGCAGUCAACGAGGCCAAGUCCCCCGGUGGCGGUGCCCGUCAAGACAAUGUUGCUCGAGGCUCUUCUUCCAAACCAACAGCCUCUUUCAGUGCCUACGAACAGUGUCGUCACGGCCUCGAAUAAUGUCGUUUCCGAACCAACUCCCGAGGACAAUUUACUUACGACGAUUAACGCUGCUAUGUUACCACCAAUUCAGGAGGCGCCGAUUGUCUCCGCUUCAAAUUCUUCUAAUGGCACUGUCAGCGUUCCUUCUCAAAUUCCUUUACAGGUCUCAAGUGAAGUCAUGCCCAGAACGACUGAUCACCUGCAACUGCAAAGUUUAUCGCAACAAAGUGUCGUGACAAUGCAACGUCAAGUUCAACAGGUCGAGCAAGUUGUUGCCCAAGCCCAGCAACAAGUCGAGCAGGUCGUCGCUCAAGCCCAACAACAAGCAGUCCAAGCAGUGCAACAAGCCCAACAGCAAGUGGUGCAACAAGUCUUUCAACACGCUCAAGUUGUACAGCAAGCCGUACAGCAGGUUCAAGCUGUACAACAAGUACAAGCCGUACCCGCUUUUCAGCAGGCUGUUCAACAAGCGUCCCAAGAAGUUGUACAACAAGCCGUUCAACAAGCAACUCAAGAAGUCGUUCAGCAAGUGCAAGCCGUUCAGCAGGCCGUGCAGCAAGCGCAAGCCGCCCAAGCAAUGCAACAAGCCGUCCAACAAGACAUCGGCUCAAUGCUUAAUCAACCGGCCGGUUUUGUUGCCGAGGCAAGUUCAGCGCUUGCGAGCGGUGCCGCUCAGGAACCGUCGCAACAGCGGCUCACCACCGCAGCCGAACAGGCAAUCAACAACGUCAUCACCAACGCCACUCAAGAUAUUAUCAACAAUAAACCAAUAACAACAACCACAGCGCACGCAAUAAUUGCAACCAAGAAUAUUUUGAACAGUGUCGCAACGCAAAGCGCUCAAUUAAUGAACAGCGCCAUGGAGGGUAUACUUCCAAAAUCGCCAUCAAGUCAGGGCAAUAUUGUUGAUCAAACUUCAAAUAAAUCACCGCCAGUGACGGCCAAUCGACAGAAUGUUAAUCCAAACAUGCAAAAUGCCACGGCAGCUACAAAUAAUCCUAAUAAUGUUAGAAAGUCCGAAGAUUCUGGCUUACUGUCUCAGGAAUUAACUUCAAUGUCAGAGCACGAUCUUUUGAGUUACAUAAAUCCCAGCUGUUUCGAUCCUCAGGGAGGAUUUCUCAUGUAAAAUGUCACUGGAACUGUGUCCUUAAAUUGUAAGGGAACAUGAUUUCCAAAAAGAAAACAGGAUUUUCGAAAAUUAAUGGCCUCUGAACUCUGUUAAACUAGUUAUAAAUAUGUUAAGAUUGAUAUUGUAAAAUAAUAGCGUUUUGAGUUGAGAUGUAGAAGUGAAGAAGGAGUACUUUUCUUUUGUUUCAUUAAAAAAAAGAAAAGAAUCUCUGAACAUAUAAUUAUUUCAGAGACAUUUUUUUCGCAAAAUAAUCAAAAAAUUUUCGUUCAUUUCUAUAUUACGAUGUUUGCAUUCUAUAUUUCUCAAAUGAUAAAAUUUAUCGUCACAUCUUUUUUUUUUUUUUUGCUUUUUUUUGACGAAUGUUCCAACGAGAUUUCACUUUGACUAUUCGUGAAGAAUUGUAAUAUUCUUAAGUAAGACGGGCGCAUAAGUGCGCGACAGUUUUUUUUUCUUCUACUAAUUUUUGAAAAUGUUACGUUAAUUAAUUUAAAUUUCUUCGUGCCAGAACAACAAGGUGCCUUUUUUUUUUUUUUUUUGAAGCGAAAUGUCUGUUUUUUUUCGCUUAUGGAUAUUAAGUUUUUAAGUCAAAGAAACUGUUAAUAUAAAUUAAUAAUUGAUAUCCUUACUGACCCCACUCAAUGGAGAGAAAAGUUUGUACAGAGCAGCUAAAAAAAAUUGAGUGAAGCCAAUUUACGAUAAACCGUAUCUUGAUUAAGGAAGUAAUUCUGUGAAUUAUUGAACGCUUCUUUGACUUGAUUUCAUUACUUAUAUAAUGGAUCAUUUUGUUGUUUUUUAUUAUUUUAUUAUGAUAAUCGUCCUCAGGACGAGCUUAGUCAUAGUGUUGUGCCUUUUUUUCAUUUGCGUACGAUACUUACAAAUUGAUUGGAUGUAAAAGCGAAAAAAUGAAAUCUUUAUAAUCAAAAAAUAAAAAUAAAUACUUUAUUCUUCGUUUCGAAAAAAAGUAAUUAUUCUCUUUUAGAAAAUUAAUUUAAAAAUGCAUUUAAAAAUAG